AUGGAUUUAAAUCUAACAAAUCCUGGCCAUUCUUGUUUUAAUGAUGAUGACCAUUAUCGAUAUGGUCCAUCAAGUAUAUCAACAGCUAAACUUCGUUUUUCUCUUGGUACUUCAGUAGCCAUAUAUAUUAUUUAUUUCCUACCAUUUUGUUUCGGAGUAUUUGGUAACAUAAGUGUAUGUCUUGUAUUUUUUCAACAAAGAAAAUUGCGUUCAAUUACGAAUACAUUUUUAAUGAAUCUUUGCCUCAACGAUUUAAUUGUUUUAUGUGUUUCAAUACCGAUGACAUUAUCUGCUGCUUUACUUGAACAUUGGAUAUUCGGCGUAUUUCUCUGUAAACUAGUUAAUUUUACUCCAACAUUAACAGCUCUUGUAUCGACAUUUACUGUGACCGUCAUAGCUGUUGAGCGUUGGUUUUUCAUUGUUAACAAACAAAAAUUCCAUCGUAAUUGUACAAUUUUAACAUUGAUUUUACUUUGGUGUGUAUCAAUAUUUAUUGCAUUACCGGAAUUUUUCUCUCGAGAACUACAAGAAUUCGUUCUGCCAACGAUGGUUUCAUAUAGAUUCAAUAAUGAUUCAUCAGUAUCAUCGAACAUAAAUGAUACUCAAAAUAUAUCAAAUAAUUAUUAUGGAAUGCAACAUCCAUGUCCAACGCAGAGAAUUUUCUAUUGUGUAUUAGAACCCGGUUUACACAUGCGAUUGUUUUCUUAUUUUGUUAUUAUCGUACAAUAUUUAGUUCCAUUUUUUUUCGUAUCUGUAAGUUGCUAUUCCAUAGGUCGUUUUCUUAAGAAGCGCAUGCAACAAAUGUGUGCCUAUGAAACGCACAAUCAUGGAGCAACUCCACGUAAUAUUAUUAAAACAAAUUCACCAAAUCCAGCGGAAGAACGCGAAUUCGUAAGUUCAAAUGAUACUCAACAAUCGGCAGUUUCAAACGAUGGAAAAUCUAGUCAUUGUUUUUCUCGUUUUCGUCGUGCAUCUCAAUGUCGUGAAAAAUAUCAUGAACGAAGUUCUCUACACAUAACAGAUCCACAACAAUAUUUACAAAGUCAAUCACAUACACGAAGACGUUUUAUUCGAAGUAGAAAAUUACUCAUAUGUAUUGCUGCUCUUUUUACUAUAUCAUGGUUACCACUAACAAUUGUUCAAAUGUAUUUAGAACAUAAUGAAGAAGUUUUAUAUACGCGCGAUGGAGCAAAUUUUGCCUAUGGAUUUCUACUGAUACCCAGCUAUUUAAUAUCAUCGAUAUCUGCAUGGUUCAAUCCAGUGAUUUAUAAUUAUAUUAAUCACAGUUUUCGACGCGAAUUUUAUGCACUUUAUUCUUGCUUUUUUACGGUAGCAACGCCAACUGCUCGAAAAGAAUCAGCAACAUUUGUAUCAACUCGAAUUCGAAAAGAAAACCCGCAUGUAAAAGAAUCAACCAUAUCUGCAGCGCUUUUAUAUAACACAAAACAAGGAAAUGCUACUGUUACUUUUGCUGUUUGA